GCUUUCUCAGUUAGUAACUCAGGUUACUCAGUUAGUAACCCUACUUUUUCUGCCACAUUCUGUGGUGUGAUUCAUUUUCACUUGCUAGGAUCCAUGAGAACAGGCAAAAACAACAACAACAAAAAACAGAUUGAGUUGCUGAAUGUUGCUAAAGUCAGAAGUUGAAAUGUUGAUGUAUUCCUUUGAUUUUUUUUGAUACUCUUUGAUCCUCUGUGCAGUAGCACAGAAGUGGCAGGUGCCCUGAGAAAUUGUAGUAGAGAAGUGUGGAAUUCAAAGCGAGGUUGCUAAUUGCACUGUGGGAUAACAGAAGUCUACCUGUAACUUAAGCUGCUCUGCCCCAUCUUACUCCAAAAAGUCAUGCCAGUAGACAGAAGAGCUGUGCAAGAGAAGCGACUUCUGAGCCAUGCUGGCGACAAGCAGCAGAGACCGUUGUUAUCCAGGAGAGGCAACGACACUGGAAACGGGUCUCGCUCCGAAAAGAACCUCCAAGCAGCAAUUUGUCUGCUGCUGGUGGAGCUCUGUGAGAGGUUCACCUUCUUUGGCAUCGUCUGCAACAUGAUCCUGUUCUGUACGGUCAAACUCGGCUACUGCAACUACCAGGCGGCGAUCGUCAACAUGUGCUUUGUAGGCACCUCCAUGUUGACCCCGGUGCUGGUCGGCUGGCUCGCAGAGUGUCUCGUGGGCAGGAUCAAGCUCGUGUGCAUCUGCCUGUUUCUGCACUUCCUAGGCACAGUCCUACUACCUGUUGUGGCAUUUCCCUUUGAAGAUAUUUACAUUGACAGGAGGCAUAUUCUUCACACACUGACCAAAAAGGAGCAGAAAAUAGUGUUUUACUUUGCACUAUUAACAGCUAGCUUGGGAAUUGGAGGCAUAAGAGCUAUAGUUUGUCCACUGAGCGCGUACAACCUGGAGGACUGUGGAUUAAAGGAACUUCUUUCUUUCUUCAACUGGUUUUACUGGCUGGUUAACUUAAACUCAGCAGUUGUCUUUGUUAGCAUUUCUUAUAUCCAGCAAUCGGUGGCCCGGAACCUUGGUUUUCUUAUCCCAUUUGUAUCUGUACUAAUGGCUAUGAUCACAAUUCACAUGGUGCGUGGUGAAAUGAUUUACAAACCUAAAACAGAGAGUUCCCUGCUGACGACUUUUGGGGUAAUUACUAGUGCACUGAAAACAUGCUGUGUCCGAUAUCGCUGCCUUAGUGGAGGUGUGACAAACUGGUUAGAUCAUGCCAAGGAAAACUACGGUGGUCGGUACAGCGAGGCUCAGGUGGAAAGCACAAAAUCACUUGCCAGGCUCUUUCCACUGUUUGCUUUCCAAAUUCUAUACAGAACAUGUAUCAUGCAGAUUCCUUCAGGAUAUUAUCUCCAAACCAUGAAUUCCAACUUGAACUUCAGUGGAUUUGUCUUGCCAAUUGCAGCAAUGAACGUGAUAAGCAUAGUACCAUUAUUAAUUCUUGUUCCUAUUUUGGAAUGCAUUAACUCAUGCCUCUUUAGUUCCAAGGGAAGUAGGCAUUCUCUGACAAUUUACAUUGUUGCAGGUCAGUUAUGUGCUGCACUUUCCGUGAUGGUUGCCGGCUUCUCUGAAAUGCACAGGAAGCGUUUUCCUCAGGUGGAACAGACUCUUUCCAAGGAGGUUCUCCUGGUCUCCUCCAUGCCUUGUUUCCACUUAGCUCCUCAGUACAUUUUACUUGGAGUGGCUGAAGCCUUGGUAACUCCCUGCUGUUCCUUGCUGUCAUUCCGGCUUGUGCCAGAAAGAAUUCGAGGGAUUUCUAUGCAUUUUUUAACUCUCUUCAAUGGAGCUGGCUGCUUUAUAGGAGCUUUCAUUGUCCAGACUGUCCAUACAGGAAGUCGAGGCAACUGGUUUCCACACUUGUUGCAUGAAGGUAAAUUAGAGAGAUUCUUCUUCUUCUUGGCUUCCUUAAUGAUGGCAAACACCCUGGGAUUCUGGACCAUUGCACACAGAUACAAUGAUCUGAGUCAGGAGUACACCAAAGAGUUCAGAGGAAGUCUUCCUGAAGCAAAACCUUUGCAGCAUCAAAAAGCUAUCAAGUUUUAUGACAGUGUCCUAGACUGUUCUCCCAUUUUGUCUCCUAUGGAGACGACAUGAUAAAAUUUCACUCUUUUUAUGAAAUGCAAUCAGAAUUUAAUAUACCAGCUUCUUAACAAUAAAUGUCAUGGUAAACGUCAACAUAUUUUUGAAUUACUAUAAUAAUAAUGUUAUUUCUAAGUGAACAAUGUAAGCGUCACAGGAUUUGCUCUUGUAGGAUUCUGUGCUAUGUAUCAUAAUGCACAUUGGAGACCAUGAUAGCUCACUGCUUAGCAUGAUCCAUUUAAAAAAAAAAGUUUUUAAUCUGUAUAGGA